AUGAUGAUUCGCAUCACCAUCAAGGCACGGCGCGUCAUCUUAGCACCCCUUCCCCUCCCCGAAUUGGUCAACCAAAAAGCUAAUCGGCCUGUCAUCACCGAGCACUCUGUUGCAACGUCCUCUCAUUCGGACGUGCAGUCACUUAGCCAGCUUGCUCUGGCACCGCCUCCAACCUUAAUGGCAAGGGUCUAUCUGCUGGCGUCGGUGCCAGGCCAAACCCCCUUGACCCCUUCAUCCCCAGGCUUGCGGGUCGGCCAGUCCAAUGUCGACGCUUUCCCACCCCAUGGAACACAUGGUCAAGGCCUCCUCCACAUUUUCGCGCAAGCUCUCUUGUGCACCGCCAAGGUGCUGGCUUCGAAGCAUGCAGCAUGUAGCCAUCCCUCCCAUCACUAUGACACAUCAACUCUAUUCAAGGCGCCCACGAGGGCGUGGGUUAAAGCAAGGACGUGCUUCAUCUCGAUAAAGUUGGAUGCACGCCAUUCGCCUGUUCUUAAGAUUUGGCCAAUCUUCACAUCGAGGAGACGGUUUCGUGCAUUCUGCAUAUACGGGGGAGGUCCGACCUCGAAACGUAACCGGACUUCGAGGAACCCUGGGGGUUCAAUUUCUUCGAGAUAUCCCGCGCCCCGCACCGGCAACUUUGCUUGUCUUCAGCUUCCUUUUGCCCUGCUCGGCAACAGCAAGCUGCCAGCACUAUCAGUCUUCCCGCGCCUAGAACUGUACCAUGUCGCUAUGCAGAUGCCCUGGUAA